GUUUCUCUGGACAAGUCCCCUUCAUUCUGAAAGAGAAGCUGCUCGCUCGCUCUCUCGCUCUCUGCUGUACAUCAGAUGAUGAAGUCUGUUGCUGUGGUUGUCAUGAUGAUGAUGAUGAUGUUGUCUGCUGCUCCUCUUCCUCCCUCACUCAACAACAGCAGUCUCGAGUUUCAUCACCUCAACAUGACGUUCAUGAGCGACUUUAGCAGGGUCAUGCUGCAAAGCAGCGUUCGCUGUCUCCUCCCUACCUGUCUUACCACCAACCUUGUCUCCGGCCUGCAGUUUGGGGACGAGACAGCAGGCCGCGCCACCAGCGACCCGUAUGGAAAUGGGAAGAAAUGACAGGAAGUGGCCGAUUAUCACGGGAUCAUCAUAAGAUCUGAUCCUCAAUGACUCCUCAACUUUGUGCUAGUUCUCACUCUCAUUGUUCACAUUCAUCAUUCUCUUUCAUUGUGAAAAGAAGUUGAUAUUUAAUUUGUUAAAAAAGUGAAAACACAAUAUACAGCUUCAGUUUUGUCCAUAACAGCAGCAGGAGAGGCUCAUGGGAACUUUAGUUUUUAGACCAUAUUCAGCAGAUGAAGGAAAAAUGUGAAGAGUAAAUAAAUAAAAGUUUAAUUUCAGAAACUCAUUCAAAGACAAAACUGUGAAAGCAAAUGUAGAUUUUUUUGGGUGAUUUUUAUUAAUCGUCCAUGUUGAAACUUGGAAUCUCCUGAUUAAUAAAAUGUUUUUUAACAACA